AUGAGCGGCGAAUGGUAUUAUCAGCAACAACAGCAGAAUAUUCGCCAUCGUUACCAGGCUCCUGCAACUCCGUCUCGAGUCUCCGUGGAUGCGGUCAAUGAUGCACAUUCACUACUUGCAGCAUACCCUUUCGCUUCCGCAACUCCCUCCUCUCACGUUGCAAGACAUCUAGGCGGACUGUCCUUGACUGCCACCCCUCCUUCAUAUUAUAUCCAGCCGGCUAUAUACAGCCAACAGAUUAUGACCACAGCGCCCUCAUACUCCUCUCAAAUCUCUGAGUACUCACAAGAGCUUGCUCACUUAGCUUCUCCGAGUCCCCCUUACAACGAUGGCGGAUAUUGGGAGUCAGAGAGGAUUAAUGCAGUGAGGUAUAUUGGGGAGCAGGCUUCCUAUAGCUACGACCAUUCACCUCAAUGGAGCAGCAGCUAUACAAACUCAUCUGGGUAUCAGACGACGCCUUUUGCUCAGUCCGUCUUCCAGCAUACUACACCCUCCGCGGUAUAUCCUACACCUCCCCCGGCUAUGAACGCAUCAUCAUCCUCACUUGCAAUGGCACUAGUUGAGCCCAAGCCGAAGAAGAAGCCCUCCCCAAAGGUUUACCGCGCCGAGGAUUCUGCUGGGUUUUUCAACAACUUCCUCGCACAACAGUCUGCUGAGUUAAAGAACAACAAGACGAACGGCCACCUUGUGCAGAAGAAUGGAGAGAAGACGCCGAAACGUCGCUCCAGGGAGCACUCGGAAGGUAGUCCCGAUCCACUUGCGCUUACACCCGCGACUCCUCAAAGCCCUCGGAAACGUAAAGCUGCACAAGCACUUGAGUCUCCAUCUAUCCGACGUGCCGUGAUUCCGGAGAAUGGCCUUAACACGCCUCGAGCGACUUCUGAUGGUCGCCCCACUCCGAUUGCGAAAGCGACUCCAACGCCUCGGGUCAGGCUCGAGCCAUACAUCGCGCUGCCUCCCAUUCCCAAGGCAUACCAAACGCCCAAAGGCAAGGGCAAAGAACGUGUAGAGUCUGAUGACGAGAUUGCUGGGUUCGAAGUCGAUGAGUCGCCUCUCAACUACAGGUCAAAGGGUGUCACGGAUAACAUACAGUCGUCGGGGAGGCGUGCAAUGGGCGAUAGGGACGACCGAGGUCCUGUCGACAAGUUGGUAUGCCUGCUUGAGGACAUAUUCGAAGCUGAAGACGCGCUUCCACCUGACAUGGACCUUUCCGAUCUUCCAGCCGAGUUCUUCUCCCCUCUAACGCUAGACACCGCGUCGCCCUUGCUUGUCCCUUCUCUCGUCCGUAAAUUGACGAGCUAUAUCCUCAAGGCUUCCCGACCGAUGAAGCGCAUGCGCCAGAACACACGGGAUGGUGGCCACUCUAAACCCCCCUCGAAGACGAAGGGUUUGGCUAGUAUCGAGACUGCCCAGCUCUCGAGGAUGCUCAGGAUAUUAGAGCGCACAGUUCAGGCUGGUGAAGACCUUGACCCAUUCGGAAUAACUCAUCUACAACCACCGUCCGUACCUAAGUCGCCGUCUAAGAAGAAGGCGAAGAAUGGUGCGAAAGGAGAGGAUCGCCGCUCUAAAUCCAGGACGCCACAUCCCGACGAGGGCUUUGACGAAGACGAUGCAUCCGAGCACGCGACGGUGACUGAAGCUGAUCUACGAGGCUUAUGCAGGGCACUCAGUCUUGCGAAGGAUAGCAUAUACGCCGCAGAUUGUUGCUUGGCUCUGCUUGGCGGCGAACGGCUCACGAAACAGCUGUACUCAGAAGAGCUGAUCACAGCGUGUCUUUCUACCAUCAAGAACCAGCUCUCACGUAUCAUAUACCCAUUCGUCGAGGCGUCAUCGGAGUUGUCCAGUCAAUGUUCGCCUCUCCUCCGCCAUGUUGUCCACUCGCCUCCUACAGAGCGUGAUCAGGAGCGACGUCUGCUUUCUGAGAUCUUCCAUGUGCUUUCAUCUGUCUUACCACGCAUCACCCAGCUGAUAUGCGCUGAGACAAUGGCCAUGUCCGAGAGCAUCAUUAUACAAGCUGUCUACAUCGCCAUCGGACCAUUUUUCGCGAUCGACAACACGCUAGACAGUAAAGGACGUGAGAAAAAGGAUAAUGUGGUGAUCAACACGCUGGGACCAAGUGCCAUGCGAGGGCUGAGGCUUGAAGCAUUAUCGUUAAUACGAAGCAUCUUUGCAAACCAUGAGGACCAACGGAGUUGGAUCAUUGAGGAAAUUUUGUCUUCGCUGAUUAAACUCUCGGACACCAAGCAGAAGGCGGGGCAAUUCAGACUAAGGGACGGUCGUUCUAUCCGGACUGUAUCUGCUCUAUUGCUGCAACUCGUGCAGACAUCCGCGCACGAUGUACACAUGGAGGCCGAAUCGUUGCGCGAUUCGCGAUUGCAGGCCCUAGCUCUUCGUCGGCAGGAUAGCGCGAAUGACGUAGAGCCCACCUUUCUUGACGAGAAAGACAUGGAGGAGCUUCGAUUAUACACGUCUGGCUUGGAUUCAGCGACCAAAGCGGCAAAGACUAUCAUCGCAUUCUUGACGCAACGAUCUGGCAAAACGAAGACCACCAAGAAUGCCAACGAGGCGGAAUACCGGUCGAUCUUUGAUAACCUGAUCGCCGAUCUUCUGACUGUCCUGUUCUGGCCUGAAUGGCCCGCUGCGUCCAUCCUUCUCGGUGUAGCGUCGAAGUUCAUGAUCUCGUCUCUAGACGAUGUCAAGACAACCAAUCAGAACGACAACAAUGCUGCAAAGACCAUAGCCCUGGAUCAUUUGGGUGUAAUAGCGGCGCGUCUGCGCACUUGUGCAGUCCAGAAGAAGAGAGCGGAAGAGUCUGGGCCAGGUUUGAAGUGUAUCGAAGAGAUGUUACUUGACGCACACCAGGACCUCUCUGCGUACUUGUUUACUCGGGCAAGUGAGGACCAAGCAUUCGGUAGUGCAAGAGAGCUGGCAGCCGUCAUUUUCGGCGAGGACCUUGCUAAGGCUCUUAAGCAGUGCGCGAAGCAGCUGGAAGAUGCUGGCGAGGACGAAUCCCCGGAGCCGAAGCUACCGGAGUUCAGUAACGAACUAAAGAAUGCUUUGCAGAAUAUCUGGAACGAACGCACGAUAGAUGUCUUUGAUUCGGGUGUCUCCCAGGAAGAGACAGCUCGCGUGGAUCGGCUAGCCGAGACCAUAGGUAUCACGCAAGGUCUGAGGAGCUACUUCAACCCGAUUUUGAACGUCGUCUUGCAAGCGCUCGAUGCACCUCCUGUCUUUAUGCGUACGAAAGCCUUGAAAGCUUUGGGUCAGAUUCUCACCAGCGAUCCUACUAUCCUCGGUCUUGAAGACGUCCGAAGGUCCAUUGAGAGCCACCUUCUUGACAGCUCCCCAGCCGUGCGAGACGCAGCUGUGGAACUCAUCGGCAAGUACAUUGUGGACUUCCCGCAUCUGGCCAGCAAAUACUACCGUCAGAUCGCGGAACGGAUAGCGGACACUGGCCUCGGCGUUCGCAAACGCGUCAUCAAGCUCAUGAAAUCUGUCUAUAGCGUCACGGAUGAUAGGAAGCAACAGGUCGAUAUUUGCCAGCGAAUAAUCUGUCGGAUGCUGGAUGAGGACGAUACCGUAAAGGAUCUUGCCUGCAAGACGGCCGAGGAGCUCUGGUUCCAGGACGCGCCCGUUGCCACUUCGCGGGAGAAGUCUGCCGACCCUAUGGCUCAAUUGCUGCGCAAGGUCUCCAUCAUCAUGGAGGUGUCGGGCGGCUUUAAGGAUCGCAACUCGCCGCUUGAGGAACUCUUGCACAAGAUUAUGUCAGAGAAGCCUGAUUCAGAAAAGAGUCUGCUGCAUCGUCGCUACACUGAGAUAUGCGAAUGUCUCAUCGACGGGCUGGUGGAUGCCUCAGAACUGCCUGAAUUCACCGUGGUCAACUGCGUACGAACCAUAUAUCUCUUCACAUCAGCCUAUCCUGCCGUCUUGUCUGCCAGUAAUGCCCAGACUCUGCUACCUUACUUGCAAACUGCUUCGAAACCGGAGGAUCAAAUUAUUUCGGAUUACAUCCUACGAAUAUUCCGGACUUCAGUUCCUCACUUGCCCAAGACGGCGAAGGCAUUCGGCCAGGAACUGCAGGCUGCAUUGCAGCCCAUGAUUUUGAAGCCCUCAGCAGCAUCCAAUGUCAUGGGGUUGCAAGAAAUCGUCGCUUGUCUCUGCGUUGUUGUCCAGCACCUAACUCUUGAGUUCAAGCGACUAGUCUCGCUACUGCGGUCCUGCAUCUCCCGCUUACUUACCCUCGUGAAGACAUCUACGGACGAUAUUGUUCCGCGAGACAUCCGCGCAUUGCCUAUUCUGAUCCUCAUCGUCGCACUCCUCUGUGAACAUUGUAACUUCGAGCAGCUGCGAACUGAUGCUAGUCCAGUUACUGACGAGACAUUACCGGAGAUCCGUAAAGACUUGGCGGCUUUGACCAAAGGAACUGUGAACGAGUACAUUUAUACCGUCUUCCUGCGCCUGUAUGACAAGUUUACGGAAAGCUCGCAGCGGAACCGGAUCUUGCAGUGCCUGGGCUUUCUCUUCCGUGCGCAACCAGCUCUUUUCACAACCGAAACAUCUUCACGCAUCAUGGACGACAUCUUCUCCUCGUCGGACAAAGAAGCACGAGGCCGACUGUUGAAGCUCAUGCAAGAUUUCCUUGUUACAGAGGCAGAGAAGCAUGCAAAUUUGCAGAAAGAGAAUGGUAUGCUGGCUAUCCACGUUGGUAUCUGGUCUCAUUGCUGUGUAGCUAUGGCGAAAGCAAAAUCAUCCGAUGAGAAGGUCAACAUGCAGGAGCUUGUUGGGAAUACCGAUGGCUUCGCUGAGUCUGGUGUCAGCUCAGCUGUGGUUCAGCGAUACCUGCAACAUAUUCUGGAUGCGGCCUUGUCGCGGGAAGCUCAGAUACAGGGCCCUGCUGUGGAUAUUCUCACAUUCACAAUUAAGCAAGGUCUGGCGCACCCCCUCCAGUGUUUUCCGAUUAUCGUGGCGCUAGAAACUAGUCCGAACAGUGUUCUGAGCGGGCGUGCCAACGCACUUCAUGGUAUCCUGCAUAGCAAACAUACGUCAUUGCUUAACACGAGAUAUGUUGCGAGCGCGCGAGCUUCCUUCGAUUACCAGAAAAAAGUGAGCGGAGGUCAAGUGUACGGGUAUCGGAUGAUGCCAAACCCUACCUCUCUCCUGCAUCGCUGGCAUUCACUUGUCCGGGACAAGCGAAUCACGCGGCAAGACUUUCUCAGGGCGCUAGUCAAGGUGUUCGACGUUGAGUUGAGCUCGACUUUCCAGGACGACAUUGACUUCGUCCGAUACAUGGCGGAGAAUUUUGCGUCUUUCGAGUACAAGGCACAAGAGGAGGUUCUCACGGUCCUAAAAUAUCUCACGUCCAUCCUUUCCACUUCUGGCAUGCAGCUUGUGGAGACUCUGUCGCCUGCACACCUCUUGAAGCAGCUGCACGGACCCUCUCUACCGGAAGCGCAGUUUGCAGAGCGUCUGCCGUUGAUACAAAGCUCCGUAAUUAUUGCUAUUAUUAUGAUGCUCAAGGCCCAUCUCAAGACCUUGUAUGGUAUAAGUGAGGAGAAAUGCGCGAAGUGGGUUAUUGGGAAGAAGACUGCGGUAGGCGACCGGCCUGCGACGAGACGCCACGAGAAGCCUUUGUCGUGGGACCGUCUACCAUUCGCGACGGCGCCGAUUCUGAGCAGCCAGGAUCUUACCGCUCAGCGCGAUAAGUUUUUGGAGAUCUGGAGCGAGGACGGUGUCACCGGCGAACCGGAGGAAGACUCUUUUGACUGA